AUGGCGGCGGCGGAGGCGGCGGAGGAGGCGGCGCUGGGACCUUCCUUAGCGGCUCCUUCAAGAUGUCGGCGGCGGCCCGGUCGCGCUCGGCGUGACGUCAUCAGGCCCCGCCGGCGAGAGGGGGGCGGGGGAGCGGCUGGAGCGGCGAAGGAGGAGGCGGCGGCGGCGGCACCGGGACCUGGACCGGGACCUGGACCGGGAGGUGUCGGGCCCCGGGGGAGGGAUUUAAAGGGACCAUGUCCCCGGUUCGGAGGUUGCUGUGGAGGUCGGAACCGGAGAGGAGGCGGCGGGGGCGGCGGUUGCAGCAGCGGAGCCGCCGCUGAGGGGGAGCAGCCCAGAGGGCCCGGUUCCGAGGGUUUUUCCUGGCAGUCCCAGCCCCACCCUGGGGGUUUUCUCCCGGCCGCCCAACGGCACCGACGAGGGAUGGAGAAAAGUGUCCCCAGGUUCUCAGAACUUCAAGGAGAUGGAGGCAGAGCUCAACCGAUGACCCCAGAACCCAACCCAGAGACUUUUCCUCUCCUCCAGUGUCCCCAAAGUGAAGAUCCAAGAGUCCCUUUCCUCAAAGAUGUUCAAAAAACCCCGGAGACGCUGGCGGAGACGGGGACGGAGUUGGAGGAGGAGACUUUCUACACCACCAACGAUCUGGAGAUGAUGAGUGGAGAGGAGAAGGGUCCCCCUGGUGCUGAGCUGCACCCCCUCCCAGAGGACCCCAACUUCUUCUCCUCCCUUUCCAGCCAAGAACCUGACGUGGCCCUGGAGGCACACGAGGUGGCCGAUGAGCCUCAUCCUGCCCUCUCCAGUGCUGUCCCAACCACAACUCCCAGGACUCAACUCGGCGCCCCCAAGGAAGAACGUUUGGAAUUGAAGAAGGUUUUGUACAGAACGGAUGCCAGGAGCUCCCUAAACGUGACCUUGUCUGGAAGCUUGACCUGGGACACCUCCAGCUUGGAGAUGGAAGUGGGUGAUGGAAGAGAUGAAAGCACUUUAGAGAAACUCUUGGGCUCGAAGGACUCAAAGUGUGGGAAGGAGGCAGUGUUUACUGGAGAGCCCCGGGUUGGAGAUCCGGGUCAGGUGGAUCCCGAGAGCGAUUCCGAGGUCCUGGAUGGUGGCAAAGCAGCAGUGGAGAAGCUCAACCCUUGCUCCAGGGUAGUGGUCAGUGAAGGGGAAGAGAAAUAUCUUCCAAAUGAACCAAAGCAACUCGAAGGCCUCAGCAAAGAGCACUUAGAAAAAAGCAAAAGGGGAAUCCAGAGGGUGGAUUGGCUUUGUAGAGCCACCAAAAGUCCAAGUCCUCAGCACAAAGACAUCAGCAAACCAACAGAUGUAGCAACCAAUUUGCCCUUCCGGGCACAAACCCUGCGUGAAGUGCCUCCUCCUCCUCUGCUGACUCCCAUGUUUAGAAAAACCCUCAACCCUCUCCUCAGCAAAUCCAAAUCCCUGGAGAGUCCUUUGCCCCACAGGAAGGUGUUGGAUUCAGAGGUGGGUGACAUCAACACGACGGAGUGGACAAUCCAGAAGCCAGAUCUGGGUGGAGACGUUGCCGUUGGCAAACAGUCCUGGACGGUCAACGCCGAGGAUUCGGUGGAACGGAUCCCGGUGAUGUCUCUGGAACCUUCUCCCUGCAGCUCCUACGAGGUGGAGAUGAGGCCCUACGUGUGCAGUGUUUUGUUGGAGGAGCAGGGGAAGGAGGAGCUGGGGUCAGAAGAAGACCCUGCUGUGUACACCUGCAUCGAGUGCAGCAUUUACUUCAAGAAGAAGGAGCAUCUGAUGGAUCACAUGCUCCAGCAUAACCGUGGACCAGGGAGGGACCAAGACAGAGACACUUUGGGAGGGCAGUGUCAGUUCUGCUGCAACGAGUGCGGGUGGGCUUUCGGAGACCCCGCCUCAUUGGAGCAGCACAAAAGGCUCCACCAAGAGUCCAGGGAAAAAAUCAUUGAGGAGAUCCAAAAACUCAAUGAGUUUCCAGACGAAGGUCGGGAAGCUCGGUUGCAGUGCCCCAAAUGUAUCUUUGGCACAAACUCCUCCAAGAUUUUCGUCCAGCACGCCAAGAUGCACGUCAAGGAGAGGAAGGACCAAGGAGCAAAGAAUCUCAAUCUCUUCGGAAGCGCCGGAGAAAUCCGGGAUGGCCCCGGGCAUGGCAUCUACAAACCCUACAAACCAAAUGACCACGUGGCCCUUCAGAUGGAGCUUCCACCUCAUGGCAGCAGCAGCAGCAAAGGGCUCAGCACCUGCAUGCUCUGCAGCUUCCCAGCCCCCAACGAGAACAUCCUCAGGGAGCACAUGAAAUACGCCCAUUCCCACUUUUCCUGGGAUGUGGAGGUGUAUGAGGAUGAUCCCAACCAACCAGGAACCAGCCGAGAUGCCUACAGCCCAUCCAGGCCUGGCAGGUUUGCAGAAUUGGAUUAUUUUGGCAAAGCAGAAAGGUUCUUCCCUCCCCCUCACCGGGAGGGCACGACACGUUACGAAGAGGUCCAUGGGUUUGCCCUGGGCCACCAGAGGCUGGAGAAGAGCAACGGGGCCAGUAAAAAGGACUACCAGGCAUCAGGGUUCCAUGCGAGGAAAGGAGCUUCCUCUGCUGCCCCCCAUAAAACCCUGGGGCUGGCGGGUUUCCCCUCUUCUAAAGCUUACUCCCAGUUUGCUCUGCAGCAGCUGAAAAAAAAAGCAGCAGCUCAGCACCUUGAAGGAGGAGAAGGUGAUGGUCUCAGGGGGCACCCGAUGGGGUUGGAGGAGCUGAGGCACAAGUGGAUGUUGGCUGGAGACAUCGGGAACGUGGAAGAGGAGAUCUCCGGAAGUGUGGAAAUGGAUUUGAGCGAGAGCAGAGGGGUCAGGGUUCCUCAAGCUGCCUUGGACCUCAAGAGGAUGUUCAGAGACACCUUGAAGGCCACGGACUCUUUGAUAGCCUCAGAGGAGCAGCAGCAGCAGUUGAGGAAGAUGGUUCCCAUCGUUCUUCUGGAUGAGCUGAACCCCCACCCCAGGGCGACCAAACGGCCCCGGGUGAAGGCGUCGAAGAAGAAAUCAACGUUCCCUUCCCGGGAAUUCCUGAUGGAAGAACCCCUCCCUUUGGAUAUGCUCCUACUGGAUUCUCCUCUAGAGCUCGAUGACCUCUUGGACUCCGACUCACCCAUGCUGAAGAAUGAGGAGAGGAAAUGUCCCUAUUGCCCAGACAGGUUUCACAACGGGAUCGGGCUGGCGAACCACGUACGGGGCCACCUCAAUAGGGUUGGGGUGAGCUACAACGUCCGUCACUUCAUCUCAGCAGAAGAAGUGAAAGCCAUUGAGCAAAAGUUUUCCUUCCAAAAGAAGAAGAAAAAAGUUGCCAACUUUGACCCCAGUACUUUCAGCCUGAUGCGAUGCGAGUUCUGCGGGGCCGGUUUCGACACCCGGGCGGGGCUCUCCAGCCACGCCCGAGCCCACCUGAGAGACUUUGGCAUCACCAACUGGGAACUCACCAUCUCACCCAUCAACAUCCUCAAAGAGCUCUUGGCCAACUCGGCAGAGCACCCAAUGCUGCAGGCAGCCAUGGGAGUGGAACCCUCAUCCCACAAGACCCUCACGCCCAUGGCCGAGUGCGGCGUCCCGCGGUCUCCUCUGUCCCCGUUCCCCCCAACCUGGGGAGAUGAAUCCCUGCAACCCUACAGAGAUGUCCUGGCUCCUGAAGAGGAAGAAUUGGUGGCCAUGGAGGUGGGGUCACCUCCUCUCCCAAAAAAAAGUGUUCCAGGUGGGCAGAUGGAUCCCCCCUCCAGGAUAGGGACCAAAAUGUCACCCGAGCCCCCCGGGAGCAAAGCAGAACCUCAGGACCCCAAGGCCCAGAACCUCACCACCUGCGAGGUCUGCGGCCCUGCUUUCGAAACCCGGAAAGGGCUCUCCAGCCACGCUCGUUCCCACUCAGACAAGCUCGGGGUGGCUGAGUCAGAGAGCAGUGGGGCUCCCAUCGACCUCCUCUACGAACUGAUGAAGCAAAAACCUGGGAAAAACGAGGGGCACCCCUUGUUCCCUCCGUCCCUCAGCAAAAAAGCCACCCAAAGAUCCACCUCCACCCUCGCCCGCCGCUCCUUCCCCAUGGCCAAAGCUUCCGAACGCUCCUUGGAUGCUCCUUCUGUCAACAAAAGCCAUCAAAAUCCCCCCGGGCUUCUCCAAAGAACCUCUUCCCAACCCGGUUCUCCCAUCCUCAAGGAGGUCCCUCCUCUUUCGGGUUCUCCAACUCCCAAAAACCCUGAGGAGAAAAGCUCCAACUCUCAACUCAGCCCUUGCAGAGCUUCCCCGAAACCACAAUGGCCGGAUGAGGAGGGACCCCUCAAUUUGACCUCGGGGUCGGAGCCGGUUCGGGAAAUCCGCUGUGAGUUCUGUGGGGAGUAUUUUGAGAACAGGAAAGGGGCUUUCCAAGCCACGCCAGAAUCCCACCUGAGAAGGCGAAUGAGAGUAUCCUAUCAAAAAGAAGAACGCCAAAAUCCUCGGAGCAAAGUAGGUGUGGCAGAACAGCCAAUCCAUCCCUUCCCGCCCAGCAAAAACCAUGGGCCAAGAAGUCUCUUGGGUUGCCAGUGGAUCUUUGGAAGCCAAGAGGUCCUUGAGAGGAACUUUCACAUCAGUCAAGCUCUUUCCCAAGCAAGGUCCAGCACAGCUGGCCCCCGGCGGAAGGGCCCCCUGGGGCAAUCUCCUACCUCGUCCCCUCUCCCACUGCCCCGGAAGAUGUUUCCAGGCCUUUCUCCUCCCUCCUUGCAGAAGAAACUCAAACAAGAUCACCUGAGGGUAGAAAUCAAACGGGAGAUGAUGUCAGGAGGACUCCAUGGAGAACCUCACCCCUCUGACCCAGCUUGGUCCCACACGGGAGGAGGAUUGUCACCCUCAACCUCUCUUCCCGAGCCGACCGCGGUUCGGGAUAUCCGUUGCGAGUUCUGUGGGGUAUUUGAGAACAGGAAGGGGCUUUCCAGCCACGCCAGAUCCCACCUGAGGCAGAUGGGAGUCACGAGUGGUCAGGGAACGGCUUCCCCCAUCGAUAUACCGCUCCGAGAGAGAUUCCUCAAGAAAAAAUCCAAACCCUGCAUCAUCAAAAAAAGAACCUCAUCCACCGGGAUUGAACCCCAUCCCCAAAACCAUCGGGGAGGAUGGACGGAGCUAAAAACCCCUGGGAAAAACUCCUCCAGGGAAUUGACCUUGGCUCCUUUAGGGGGGAGGUCAGGGAAACCCAACCCUGGUGGUACCACUUUGGGUCGGGAGCUUUCCCUCUCCCCCCUGGCCGGGAAAACCCAAGGGGGGUUCUUGGCCCCCUUGGCCACCAAGCGACCGCUGCCGGAGGAUCGGUUGGGAUCCCACCACGGGGAGGUGAAGCACAAAUCCUACAUCCAAACGGAGCUGCCCUUCAAAUCCAAGGCCCUGCACGAGAACCCACCCACAGCUGUGAGUGGGGAGGGGGCAGGGGGACUCUGUGGUCUCUACUUUGAGAACCGCAAGGCCCUGGCCAGCCACGCCCCGCGCCCACUGCGCCAGUUCGGGGUCACUGAGUGGUGUGUGAACGGUUCCCCCAUCGAGACCCUCAGCGAGUGGAUCCGACACCGGCCCCAAAAAGCAGGAGCCUACAGGAGUUACAUCCAAGGGGGAAGACCCUUCAAGAAAUUCCGGAACUCUUCCCACCCGCGGGAUCAUCACGAAGGGACCCGACGGAUCCCCCGUCGGCAUUCAGAGCGGUUCCGGGGGCCGUCGCCCUCCUCAGCAAAGGGAAUGGGAGGAGGAGGGGAUUUGGGUCACGGAGAAGUUGGGAAGGUUCUGGAUGGGGGAAGUGGGGAACGGCCCCUGAUCACCUCCCUCUCCUUGGUAAAGCUGGAGGAACAUCAACGAUCCAACAUCAACAAGUUUGAACGGAGACAAGCCAGACCCCUGGAUCCCCCCCUGCACCGGGAAGGGGAAGGAGGGGAAUUCCAGCAGAAACUGGAGGAGACGCGGCAGCCGCCUCCCCGCGUCCGACCGGUGCCCUCCUUGGUCCCACGGCCCCCCCAGACCUCCCUGGUGAAGUUUGUGGGACUCUACACCCUCAAGUGCAGAUUCUGCGGGGUGGAAUUCCAAGGUCCUCUUUCCAUCAGGAGGAAUGGAGUCCGACACCUCCGGCGACACAUCCUGGAAUGAAUUUCUCUCAAAGCAGAUCCCCUUACGGAGGGGCCGAAGCUUCCCCUGCCCCCGAGCCCCCCACUGCCCUGGCGAGGCACAGGUAACGGGGUGCCACAGACCCCCCUCCAAAAUCCCUCACCCACCCCCCACCCACCC